CUCAUAAUGCGCGCUACGGCUUUCCUCCUCUCGUCCUUUGUCGCGUCCGUGAGCGCGUGCCCCGACGGCCAUCUCCUCACGUCCAAGCCGGCGCUGUGUGGCAACCUCUGCCCGCUCCAAGGCGGCGCCAAGGCGCAAAGCUGCGUGUACUACCCAAGCAACCUCAGCGACUUCAAGUGCGAACAGUCGUCGCUGGGGACGUGUGUCAACAGCACGGCCGAGACAGGCUGCGCUCUCAAGUGCCUCAACAACAACUGGGCUGUCAACGGGUCCUAUACGAUUGGCAUCCGCGGUGCCAUGGGCUCGUUUGGUCGCUCCGAGCCCAUUCGCGUCGUCCAAGGGUACCGCGCGGCCAACAUUUCAGAGCUCGUUUUGAAAAACUUCAACGCGGAGAAGUACGACCUGAGCCUCCUCGACGGCGCAUUCACUAAGUCCAAGCUCAAGUCCUUGUGGAUCGAGAACGUCAAGCUAUCGCUGCAAGAGCACGUCUUCCCCCCGCAUGUCGAGUCGCUUGUGCUCCGCAACGCUGGCGUGCGUUGGAUCCCGAAAGAGGUGUUUGGGCUCAAGCGGCUCAAGACACUGGAGAUUACGGGGCAGUACCUCGAUACGACGCAGCUCUCGGCAGACGAGAAGGCGUUCCUUGCCAACGUCAACUGCACGUUCCCAGCCAACUAAAGCGUCGUCGUGGCAACGCGUUGACCAUUUUGCAUUUUUGCCGAUUUUAUACAUGCCCCCUUGAUGUUGCA